AUGGAAUCCGAACUCAUCCAUAGAAUCAAAGCGUACCGCUUUGUCGCCUAUUCCGCUGUUGCAUUCUCUGUAGUAGCUGUUCUCUCAGUAUGCAUCACUCUCCCCAUGGUUUACAACUAUGUACAUCAUGUUAAGAGAUCCAUGCACAACGAGAUUAACUUCUGCAAGACUUCAGCUAAGGACAUUUGGUCUGAAGUAAGCCAUUUGAGAGCUGUCCCAACCGUCAACAGAACUGCUCGUCAAGCCUACGAUUCAUAUGAUAGCGGAGUUAACGGAGGAAACAACUAUCAAGUUCGCGCAGGAGAUUGCAAUGCUUGCUGUCUCCCAGGACCAGCUGGACCAGCUGGAACUCCAGGAAAACCAGGAAACCCAGGAAGACCAGGAGCACCAGGAAUGCCAGGAAACCCAGGAAAACCAAACACUCAACCAUGCUCCUACGUUACUCCACCACCAUGCCAACCAUGCCCUGCCGGACCACCAGGACCAGCUGGACCACCAGGACCACCAGGAGACGCUGGAAUGCCAGGACAACCAGGACAAGGUGGAGGAUACGCCAUGCCAGGAUUACCAGGACCAAAGGGACCACCAGGACCUUCCGGAAACCCAGGAGCUCCAGGAGCCCCAGGACAACCAGGAAAGGAUGCUCCAAACGAGUACCCAACUCCAGGAGAGCCAGGACCAGCUGGACCACAAGGACCACCAGGAACUCCAGGAACACCUGGACAACCAGGAACUGAUGGACACCCAGGACAACCAGGAUCUAAGGGACCAAACGGACAACCAGGUCAACCUGGAGGCAAUGGAAACCCAGGAGCUCCAGGACAACCAGGAACACCAGGACCAGCAGGAGAGAAGGGUAUCUGCCCCAAGUACUGCGCUAUCGACGGAGGAGUCUUCUUCGAGGACGGAACUCGCCGUUAA